AUGGGGCUGGGGACUCCGGCAGAGCUCGCUGAGCUUCCGCCCGGCCCGGGGCUGCCCACCUUGAUCCGGGCCACAUUGCCGUCGGUGACUUGCAGCAGUGAGUCGAGCUUCUCAGCCCAGCUGGAGUCCUCGGACGCCGGGGACAAUAUCGGGCGCGGCGGCUCCAGGGUGGAAGGCGGCAGGCCGCAGCCGGGGCCCGAGGGCUCCAGCCGGCGAGCGGCGCUGAGCUGGGGCGCCGGGCCUGGCCCCAGCAGCGAGCGGGCUGCGCAAGGCUAUCCUAGGGCCAGACCGGGCCUGUCGCGGAGCCAGGCCGAGACUGAGUGGGAGGCGGGGCCGGCGGCGGGGGCUCGACCCGGGGAUGCCGCGGAAGCCGGGCGCGCCGGCGCCGCCGCGGGGCCUCCUGGAACACCGAGUUUGUCUCCCGCGGCCAUAACGGGCUUGGCACGGCUUCCGAACUACGACUCCCAGCAGGCUGUACGCGCGCCCCACCCGCCAACGUCAGUCGCGAAGCCUGCCAGGAAGCCCAGGCCGCCGCGCUGCGGAGCCGUUGGCCUAGCGCGUCUGCGCAACGGACUACGUAUCCCAGCAGGGAGCGCGCUCGCCGCGGCGCCCCGUGGGAGCUGUGAACAGAAGUGCGCGGGCAGCCAGGAGCCCAGUGCCUACACGAUGGAGUCAACGGCUACUGAGCUGGAGCGCCGGAUCCAGACCGCGCUGGGACCCUUCGGCUUCGAGGUGCACCCCUUCCAGGUGGGAUGGUACAAUGCACUGCUGCCUCCAGCCUUCCAGCUGCCCCUGCCUGGGCCUACACUGGCUUUCGUGGUCCUCAGCACUCCUGCCAUGUUUGACCAAGCUCUCAAGCCCUUCCUACAGAGUGCCCACCUACAACCUCUGAAGGACCCCGUGGACCAGUGUGUAGCCUACCACCUCACCAACCUUCAGAAGAGCCUUCCAGAGCAGGAGGUACACAUCAUCACUGACUACGAUAUGCACCCGAACCGGCGUCCCAAAAUCUUGGCCCAGACAGCUGCCCAUGUGGCAGGGGCUGCCUACUACUACCAGCGGCAAGAUGUAGAGUCUGACCCCUGGGGAGACAAGAAGAUUGCCGGUGUGUGCAUCCACCCGCGAUACGGGGGCUGGUUUGCCAUUCGGGGGGUGGUGCUGCUCCCAGGGGUAGAGGUGCCCAACUUGCCCCCCCUGCCACCUCUCGACUGUGUACCCACCCAAGAAGGCCGCAUUGCUUUGCUGGAGAGCUUCAACUUCCACUGGACAGACUGGUCUUACAGGGACGCCGUGGUCCCUGUGGAACGCUACUCUGAGGAGCAGAAGGCCUACUUCUCAACACCCCCUGCCCAGCGCCUGCGCCUACUCGAGCUACUCAAGGACACACCUUCAGACCCCCUCAAGUCCUUGGGGGUCCAGCCUAGAGAGACACUGGACCCCAGUUGGGGAGGGGGUCGGGCUGCCCCUAAAAGGGUCUUUGCUACUGUAAAGGGGACCUAGUCCCCUUCCUUCUCCAGACCUAGCUGCUAUCCACUUACUUAUGACAGAGGCCUGGUCAUGGUAUGGAGAGCAAGGACCAAAGAAGGGACAGACACAACUUGAUUUUAAUUCAUAGGAAAUUAUUUUGGUAGCUACUGGGAUAGGGCAGUGAGCCCCUGAGACUUGAGGCCAUUUUACUGCUGGUCCUCAGUUCCCUCACCCCUCCCACCCACAUCACGCCUUCUAGCUGCUAUUUCAGGGAAGGUUCUGGGUGUUCAGGAGGUACUGCUGCCCUAAAGAACAAGGCCAUUGGCCUACAGGCUCAGCUAAAUCCCUGCUUUAGGUACACUUGCUCACAGACAAGAAUCUUGCCUGCCUGGAGGUCUGCUGUCUUUUGUGGGGCCUGGGAGAGGACUGUGCCCCAGCUAGCCCUCCUCCCUGGGCAAAGGCCCUGUGGUCGUGGGGAGACUGUGACCUUGACCUUACAGGCAUGUGUCCCAAGGAAAAGUUGCACUUCAUUGUAUCAGGCACUUAAAUGGUUGAUGUGGAAUGUAAACCCUCUUCUGAAUGUGUAAAAUGGAGCUGCUAAUAUUAUCUCACAGGGUUCUUGUGAGGAUCAAGACAUUA